ACCCCUGAAAGCGCUGAAGCCAAUUUUGAUCGGCGAAAAACCACGAGAAUCAACAAUUUCUGGCCGGAAUGGCGGCCAAAUCGUCGGGUGACAAAAUGGACCACUGCUACCAACUGAAAAGAAGAUUCAGACUAUGUGGAAGUGACAACAACACUUACCAAUGAUGUAUGUACAUCAUAUGGAGCAGUUUCUGAACCUCGUUAGGAUUGAUCCAUCUGCCAACCUAAUUAGUCUGUCACAAAUUACCUUUGUUUAUGUAAUGUUAGAUAUAAGAACCACCUCAGUGUUGUGCUGUCAAACAGGCAUAAGUUAAUGAAGAUACUGUAAGUUGUGUAAGGACCAUAUAAAGUUCCCUAAUUUUAUUGGUUUAUAUUUGUAUGACUACGGUCCUCAGUGUUAUAUCACAAUAAGAGGCAAAAGUUUAUGUGGAUAUGUUGUGUUAGGACUAAAUGAAAUACCAGUACCCUGUGGUAUCUGUUUUGUACAUCAUUUAUAUUUGUAUGACGAUGUUCCUCAAUGUUAUGCCACCAAAAAGGCAAAAGUUAAUGUUGAUACAUGGAUGUAGUGUGAGGAUGUUUAAUCAAUAGAGACUCUAAGACAGUGCUUUGUGACCUUCGCACACUACCUGUUUUUUGAUAUAUUAAAUUAUUAUAUUAAAUUAAAUAAUUGAAUUUAUAUUUAUAUGACUAUAUGGUCCAAGUUCUGUGUGAAAGCCUCAACAUAUACUAGUACAUGUAGUAUAUGCAUAACAGAACAAGGACUACAAGAUGAGGAGUGUAAUAAGUUUAAAAUUCCGAUGUACAUAAAUGUUUUUAUUGAGAUGUUAACAACAUGAGUGUCAAAAAUAAACAUUGUUCGAUGUAUUUACUAUAAAGUCUAUUACAUGUAAUAAGUCUAUUACUAAUGAAGUAAAUACUACAAUAUUGAUAGUAGGGCACCUCUCCCAUCUAGUAUUAACAUUCUAUCCAGAGGUUCUAAAGUUAUCAUAACCAGAAAUAUUCGGAAACUUAAACAUACACUCAGAUAGACACACAGACACAAAAAAAUGGAAGUAACAAUAUGAAACGGUAAUGUACCAAAAGACAAAAAGCAAACAGAUUUCAUCUGGUGUCAACCACUUCCUCAAAGUUCCUGGAUCUUCCUGGUUUUGGCGGCCAUCUAGAUUUGGGGUCAAAUAUUGGGGUCAUGGAAAUGGCGCACUCUGAUUGGCUGAAGAAAGGUUACUAAAGCUAGUUACCUUCCGAUAUUGAUAUUGACAAUUUUCUAAAUCUCCCACAUCCCCUUUAAAGAGCACAUACGCAAUCUAAAUUUAUCUCUCGUAAAUGUCACACUACAAACUUUCUGUACUCCUAUUUCAACAGAAUCGUCGACAUAUGGUGGAACGCCUUAUACCACCAGAAAUUGUAGAACUCCGGAUAAAUCCUACCUUUUCAACCAAUCGUUUUAAGCAAUCGGCUAUUGAACAUUACCUCAUUCUUCUGGCCACACAUUUUGAUGUCCAUUUAAUAAGCACUUGGACCCAUUGUUGCAAGUGCUGAUUGGAUGAACAUCAAAAUAUGUGGUCAACCUUUAAUUACAUCAUUUUCAUUUGUUUUUAAGUUUAAUUGAUCCUUUUUACUAUUGUUUCGUUUGGGUAUUAUUUUGUAUUUGCUGUUAUUCUGUUAUAAUAUCUUUAUGUUAAGUAAUUAGAUUUUAUUUGCCCAUUCUCUAUAGUUUAUAGUUUUUUAACUGUUGCUGGAGGUGUGGAUCCUGUAAAGGACGCAAAAAUCCUGUUGCCAACACCUUACAGAACUUUUUCUGUGAAGCUUAAUAGAUAAAUACUUGUUGGAUUACAUACAUUACAGACAUCAGCCCAUACGCUGUUACACACGAACUGACCAUGCCUUAUAAAGGUAAAGGAGCAACCCAGAGCGGACAGGGAAAUGACACUAUUCAACCAAACAGCGACACAUACAUGUGCCAUGCUCUUGCGAUGAAGACUCGUUCGGAAGAUACCAAGACCAAGGCGCCCAUUCAGAAAAAAAUAGUGGCUUCAACCAGCAAAGAAGAUUUCCAAGUUCACUUAGCAGGAUGUGAUAGACCCGAGAACAGUGUUGAGGCUCCAGCCCUUUUCGGGGGCGGUGGUACCUUGCACGAGUCUCAACAUCCUCCAAACGAAGCCUCCGUGCACAUGAACCCCCUGUACAACCUAAGUCCCUCUGACCCCGUGCUUGCACGUGACGCUUCCAACCCGGUGUACGGGCAUGACCUGAAGGGCCAGGGCACAGAUCCUGAUACUGACUUGCGACCAGCUAGCAUGGAGCCACAUGCCGCCAGAUAUCAGGAGGAAGAUGCUGAUGAUGAUAAAGACCAUCAACCAGCUUGCAUGGAACCAUAUGCCGUCAGAUAUCAGGAGGAAGAUGCUGAUGAUGAUAAAGACCACCAACCAGCUAGCAUGGAGCCAUAUGCCGUCAGAUAUCAGGAGGAAGAUGCUGAUGAUGAUAAAGACCACCAACCAGCUAGCACGGAGCCAUAUGCCGUCAGAUAUCAGGAGGAAGAUGCUGAUGAUGAUAAAGACCAUCAACCAGCUUGCAUGGAGCCAUAUGCCGUCAGAUAUCAGGAUAAAGAUGUUGACGCUGAUAAAGACCACCAACCAGCUAGCAUGGAGCCAUAUGCCGUCAGAUAUCAGGAGGAAGAUGCUGGCACUUCGGUUCCAGGAAGGGAUGACAGGAACAUUCGCGGCACUCGCAAGCCCAGGCACGCACAGGGUGUUCCCCACUGUUCUCGGGAAGCAGCUGGUGGUAAGACAAUAUCCACAUUUACUUCAAUUGUAAGGAGAGCCGUGUAGGUUUGUUUUUCUGGCGAACCCGCGCGUGUAUCCACUCAGUGCGUGUACUUGUUUGUGUACUUCCUGUAUGUUCUACCAGAGGAGGAUAACCGUCA